ACAACACAGCCAUAACCAGAACUCUUUAGCCCAGAAGUGAGAGAGAGUGAGCUGAGAGACAUUACUGCCCACACAUAAUAAGCCAUGGCACAUGUCAAAGGUCUAAUGAUGGCCCUCCUGCUCGCCACCAUCUGGCUGUACGCUACCCCGACAUCUGCAGCACCGCAUGCAUGCUGCAGAGAAUUCACCCGGGGCAAACUCCCUUUCCGUGUCAUAAAGGGUUACUCUGUGCAGUCUGUCGUAGAGCUAUGUCCCAUCGAUGCCAUAAUUUUCCACACAAAGAAGGGACAAGCAUGUGCAGAUCCUGCUUUAUUCUGGGUUCAAAACUACAUCAACCGAAUCAGCAGAAAAGCCAGGACACUUAAUCAGAGCCGGCUGUGAUGCAUUCACACCAGAAGAGAAAGAAGGAAGCUUGCUGUGCUUAAUAUGAGGCUUAUAUGAAGAUGAUAAUCGAACACAGGCCUACUCUUGUUGUAUGCCCUUGUGAAAGGCAUCAAUUGUACAAUUAUAAAAUGUUGUCUUCCUUGUAUGUGGCUUAACAGAAAUGGCGGUCAUAAGAAAGGCUUGUAAAUUAUUUAAAUUCGUUAAAUUAUGCUAUUUAUAUAAAGUUAACAUAAGUUAUUUUGUGUAAUAUUAUGCUUGUUGAGAUCUUUCCUUUUUUAUUAUUGUAAUUUUUAGCGUGUGAAGACGUUAUUUGGUAAGCACACUUCGUAGGCUGAGUUCCUGCUCAUCUUGUUUGAAGGGAAAAAAUACCCUCCUGUGCUCGGGUGACGUGGCCAAUGGAAAACCCAGACGUCGCGCCUUUGUUUUUAAAGGAGGAUGUGAGAGGAAGAAUUAAUGCAAGUGGAAGUAUAAAGAGCCUACACGUUUGGUAUAAAGGAAGUUGUAUCCAUGACUCAAAAAAUCUGGAUUGUUUUGUUUUUUAGAAGUUGUAUGAUGUUUGUUUGUAAAAUAAAAAUAGAAACAUUCUGCGGA